CAGAUUUGGAUUCUCGCCGCCACGGCUCUUGUCGUCACAGCUGAUUCUCCUCCUUCCUACUUCUACGAAUCUCCACGCGACUCAGGAGAAAAUUCCGAGGAAUACGGUCCCGCCAAAUACGACUUCGAAUGGGCUGUAAAGGACGACGACUCCGGCAACGACUUCGGCACCAGGAGUCCCGCGACGGCGACGACACUCAGGGGUCCUACUACGUGCAGCUCCCCGACGGCCGCCUGCAGACCGUCAAGUACGUCGUGGACGGCGACGAAGGCUACGUGGCCGAGGUCAGCUACGAGGGCGAGGCUCAGUACCCGGAAUCCCACGAGAUCCGGGAAUAUUCCUCCCCGAGACGAGUUUACUCCGCCCCCGAAUCAGAGGAGGAGGAACCCCGCGAGGCCCGUGUUUACACCGCGCCAAGGCCCCGCUACACCGCACCCGAAUCGAAGGAAGAAUCUCCCGAGGUCUCAGUCUACACUCCCCCAGAACCCGUUACACCGCACCGGAAUCGAAAGAAGAAGAAUCUCGCGAAGCACCCACUUACACACCACCAAGAACCCGUUACACCGCACCGGAGUCGAAGGAAGAAGAAUCUCGCGAGGCCCCAGUGUAUACUCCCCCUAGAACCCGUUACACCGCACCGGAAUCUCAAGAAGAAGAAUCUCGCGAAGUCUUCAGAGCCCGCUACACCGCACCAGAAUCAAGGGAGGAAGAAUCCCGCGAACAACCCGUUUUACACCCCGUACAGACCUCGCUACGCCGCCCCGAAUCCAAGGAAGACGCCUCGCCCGAAGUCCCAGUGUACACUCCCGCAAGACGCCGUUACAGCGCCCCGGAAUCCCAAGAAUCGAAGGAAUCCUCAAGGACUCGCUACAACGGCCACCACUCUCAGGAGUCUCGCGAGGACCUCAGGAUCGCCACGACGGAAAGGAGUCCAAGGAGUCGCGCGAAACGGACUUCUUCAGAGUCCCCUCUUACCUGCCUCCUCGGUCCCAGUAGCGGCCUGAGGACACGGCGCCCGUAGGAAAGGGGGCGUGUCG